CUACGAUGUUGCUAUUAUCCGCAAGCGCUAGCAUGCGAUUAUUGGUGCUGUAUAUUGAUGAGCUCACAUCUAUAAUUCACCCGGACACAUGUUAUGAUGACGGUAUAACAGGGGGGCAGCGGGCACCUCGUUUAACCCAUAUGUUUGACACCCUGUUGCGGUGCUGGAGUUGAUGAGAUCCGUGACGACGAUUUUUUUAUGUGCCCAUUUUUAAAGCCUGUGGACAACAACAACAACACCGACGUAUACCAGUGACGCAAUUACGAAAAUGCAACUGUGGGGAUGUAGCACAGCCGUCAGCCUGUUAGCUAUCUAGUUAUAGCCUGACGAGUGUUCAUACGACGGUUGAAUAUUCAACGGUUGUUUAUAUCGCCGAAGCCAAUCAGAGGAGGGGACGACUCCUACGUCAUCGCGUUUAAUCAUGUCCGCUGUUUUCAAACAGUGCAACACCGAUUGAGUUGACAGAACACUUAACCUGCGUAAUCUGAGUUAUUGACUUCCUCUAAACUCUAAACUAGAUUUAUGAUCCCCCCCCCCAUGGAGGCCAGCCUCGGCUAGAAGAGGAAGUGGGCGGGUCUUGUAGCCGCGGGAAGCCUCCAGCUGCUCCGCCAUUGGUUGCCCCGGUUUAAAUGUCUGGCGGUGACGCCGAUACGUACGCUGAAAACGUCGUAGCUGUUUUUUUAGCGAAUACGUUGUUUCUGCGUGUAAGAUAGUGUAACUGCACGCGUAGUAUUACUAUUAAGUUUCACACACCCUCGCAGACGUGUCAUGUGUGUGAAGCGACGGGAGCUUUUACAUGAAAGUGGAGCAUGUUUACAGCGUCGCGGUCUGCUUGUUGAUGGCUUUCAGCUCAAGAUGGUGACCAAGAGGAUGCGCUCGGAGUACAUGAAGAAGUUCAAAGACCCCAAAUGGGAGACCUACGCGAAGUGUUACGAGGAGAUGCUGAAGUACAGGCUGACCCGCAGGCUGCUGGAGAACGCGCACAACCCCUGGUUCUGGAGUGGCACCGACAGCGACUCAGACUCUGGAGGAAGAAGCCCCCCUCCUCCCAGUAAGAACCAGGUCCAGCCCGAGACAUGCAGCGGAGACGGGAUGGAGGUUCAGCUGGAGGAGUGUGAGGGGGCGAGGAUGGACCGGCAGCAGCAGGAGCAGCUGAGCAGAGCCCCUGAGUCUGAGUCUGGGCUUCCUCUUCCAAAGGAGGACGCGGGGUCAGCAGUCCAUGGCUCAUCACGGCCUAAAGGUGCCACAGAACAGACAGAAGCACCGGAGGAGAGAGAGGAGCAGACUCGCAGCCAAGACCGAGAGAGAGACACUGGAGGAGCCAGACCACAGCAGAGUAAAGCCGCCAAAUCUUCAAAGCAAAUGUGGCGCUCGCAGCGGGUCAGGCCCGCACCAGCAGAGCCGCCCAGGGACGACGGCAAGGACCGCAGACAUCCCUUCGCUCUGUACGGGUCAGGAGAGAAGGAAGCGGACAUGGCGAGCAGGAAGACGCACAACGUUGGCCCCGCAGCGUCGACGACUGAGAUCCACCAGUCGGCUCUUCGUGCUAAGACCAGGCGGGAGGUGGAGCGCCAGGUGCAGAUCCAGACGACGGAACGGCGGAGAGCCACGACUGCCAACCUGGACAAGGACAGAACGUUGGUUCAGCCAGAAUUCAACCCCUGGAUCACCGAGUACAUGCGCUGCUUCUCUGCUCGCUCAUGAUAGGACACACACACACACACACACACACACACACACACACACUCAAAAUACCUACAUCAGGGUGAUUCCAGACAAAAAUACAAAAUCAAAGCCAUUAUUGCCUACCGCCUCUAAAGUGUAUACACACACAGCCGUAGAAUAGAGCACGGGGUGGAUUGAUUCAUACUUCAAUGUGUAUCGCACUCGCAUUCAGGGGGGAAACUGACAACACUUUGAGUUUGAAUUUAGUUUAUUUCGAUCAGCAAAAUAUACAACAAUCAGAAUUCAACAAAAGAAUGGCUGACCGAAAUCCACUGUGUGGCUUAUUCCCCCAGAUGUGUACUAAUCAUGUUUUUACAUACAUCAAUUGUAUUAUGUAUAUACAACAAUAACUAUUUUACAGGGUAUAAUAGACUCUUGUAAGAGAUACAUCGAAAGUAUAAGUAUACUAAAUAGAUUUGUCAACUGAAUAGAGAUAUUUUGAUUAGAAUGAAGAGUCUAAAAUGCAUUUUACAGCCAUAUUUGACGACAGUCCCUUUAAACAGAGACUGUACUACUCAUGUGCACGUCUUUUCUACAGGGAUAUCAAACCAGUGCACGUGGCUGCACGUCUGAAUAGAUUCAGCCAUCUUCAUAAAAAAGCUUCUGAGAUCUAAUGGGCGUCCACGAACAUGAAGAAUGUGCAUACACUUGUUAUAUGUACAUAUAGACACAACUAAACACCUGCAGUAAUAUGUCUCUUAGCGCUGUGACCUGGGUUUUGUAGAUUUAAUGUUUUUUUGUAGCAGCUCAUGGAUGAAUCCUGACUGACUUUGUUGAGAUAAAUAAUGAAUCACACUCCGUCAAACUCUGCAAAAUCCCAGUUGUGUGAAGCGGCACAUUAUCUAGCGGUCUUUUUAACGUGGUCGUGACAGAAGGGUGUCAGUCAGUUUUAUUGACUUCAAAUAGUCUCAUCACAAUGUGUGUGUGUGUGUGUGUGUGUGUGUGUGUGUGUGUGUGUGUGUGUGUGUGUGUGUGUGUGUGUGUGUGUGUGUGUGUGUGUGUGUGUGUGUGUGUGUGUGUGUGUGUGUGUGCGUUCUGUAGUUUAGUUCUUCUGCACCGUUGCAGUGAGAGAAUACAUGUUUGACUUUCAAAGCCAAUGGAGGACUGAACAUUGUGUCUCUGUGUUGCUAUGGAUACCGCAGCGUUUAUGUCACAGUGACUCGUCACGGGACACAAAAGACAGAUCUAAAAUGUCGUACAGCUAAUUCAGGUUCCUACUAAACAGAACAAUCAAUUGUUGAGGCCAAAAAUCGUCAUCAUAAUUUCUUCUGAAGAUGCUUUAGAACAAAAAGUGGAACCCGAUAGCAAAGAUGGACAUUACGCUAAAUGAGCAUCAGAAGUACACGAGCACAUGUUGCUGAUAAGAUAUUGCUUUAUUAGUCCCAGUGGGGAAAUUGAUUUACUGCUUAUUGUUUGAAGCAGAAUACGCUCUGAAGCGGCAGCACCGCAGCACUUUGAGAAGUAGUCACCUUUCUGUAAUAAUGUGUAGAUAUUAAUGUGGAUACAGAAUUUCUUGCUACUAUUUGGCUUUUUGUGUCAUUUAUUUCUCUGUAUUAUCUGUUCUCUGUGUGUAAAAUCAGAAAAUUGUAUUUGUAUUUACAUAAGAAAACUAAAAAUGGACUUGUACUCCUUUGUGGAAUGGGUCCGGCCUUUCAUCUCCAAACCACGAGAAUCAGAUCCCGCUGGAGAACAGAUCGUUUCUCCUUUGCACGACUGUAUCGAUGUUAUUGAUGUGAAUAUUGUGCGGAGAAAAAACAGGGUUGACGUUUAACAUUUUCUCAGAAUUGUUUUAAGUAUUACAUUCCUCGCUAUUGUCAUGAUUUUGUUGAUCAGUGUUUUUAAGUGAAACCGGAAUAUAAAUCAAACAAAACAUGUGAAAUCUUGUGCAGUAUUAUACUUUGAAUAAUUGCCUUCAAGCCAGUUUUGUUUUUUUAGACGUUGUGAACUUUGACAAAAUCAGAAAGCAGAAGUGGAACAAGACAUUUACUUUUUUAAAUGUUCGGUACUAAGAACAAACUUUUAAAUAAAGAUUUCCUCCAUGUUUAA